CACGUCCGCGCUCGUGGGCCAGCCGCUUGGCCUGCUUACGCAGUACGUCCCGAUCGAGCAAGCGGUCGCUCUUCUGUGCGUGGUCUCGCUCGCGGUCACGUACUUUAUCCCCAAGAUGCUCAGCCGCCUCUUGGCGCCGACGACGGGCGCGCCGACGACGCUCGUGCCCACGAUCCGCGCCGCUGCUCUCGACGCCGAAGCCGCGCGCCCGAACGCAUACCCGCCCAACUGCCCCGUCGUGACAGCGCGCCACGGAACGGCCACGGUCGUCGCGUUCGAUGCGGCGAAGGAGGCGUAUGCCCUCGAGACGGCGACGCAUGAGCGCGUCACCGUCGCGUCGGACGACGUCGUGACGGCGACGGUCCAAGACCUGUACGUGUACCCGAUCAAGUCGUGCAAGGGCCUCCGCCUCGCGUCGUCGGCCGUGCUCCCCAUCGGCUUGCGCUGCGACCGCCAGUGGAUGUUCAUUGACGCCAAAGGCACCUUUCUCUCGCAGCGCAAGCACCCGAGCAUGGCUUUGAUUGCGCCGGAGGUCGACGUGACGGCCGCCGAGGCGCUGACGCUGACGGCGCCAGGCAUGCCGCCGCUCUGCGUGCCGGUGCUGCGGUCGGGCGUCGAGCACCGUGUGCGCGUCUGGAAGGACUACAUGCAGGGCGUCGACCAAGGCGACGCGGCGGCGCAGUGGGCCGCAACGUUCCUCAACGUCCCGGGCGUGCGUCUGGUCCGCUUCAAAGACGGCUGCCAUCGCCCGUGCGAAGACGCCUUUGCACCGGACCAUGCCACAGCGUUUGCGGACGGGUACCCGAUUCUGAUUGCGUGCCAGGCGUCGAUCGACGCAUUGGGCGCCGCCGCCAAGCACCCCGUCGAGAUGGCUCGCUUCCGCCCCAAUAUUGUCAUGACGGGGACGCCGGCGUUCGCCGAUGACGUCUGGGACUGCUUUGAGAUCGGAUCCGUUCGGUUCCAGAACGUCAAGCCCUGUUCGCGCUGCAGCAUGCCCUCCGUGAACCCAGCGACGGGCGAAAAGGACGACGCUGGCGCCGCGCUGCAGUCGGCCCUUCUCGCCUCUCGCAACGGCGCGCAGCUGGCGUUCCUCAACAAGCGCGCCAACGACGUCUUUUUGGCUCGAACGUUGUCACGCUCCACGGCGCGUCGAUCGCGGUUGGCGACCGUCUCAAAGUGCUGACGCUGCUUCCUUAACGUGAGUCAAUGCACGUGCUAGUUGACGCCGC